CUCCUAGACUGUCUAAAAUUUCUUUGUAAGUCUCAGCGCUGGACUACUGUGCAGUUUAUCAGAUUAAUUAAGAAAGAUGAAUAGACUGAUGAAUUGCAACUGUGGUGUCCACAUUUAUCUUAAAUGAUAUUCACUUUUUCCUGUCUUGAGAAACAUUGCACGUUCUUGCUUCUGGCUUUCAAGGUGUCAUGUCUUUAGCUGCUGAAAACCUGUGCAUCAUUAUUCUUCUGGAGCACUCACAGAAAAGUGAGAAGCCAGGGACGGAGCAAGAUGAAGUUAAGCUGCAGAACGCCAGCAAGCAGAUUGUGCAGACUGCUAUCCUCCGAGCAGUGCAGCAAGUUUCCCAGGAGAGCCAGCAAAAGGAGAAGCGAGCAAACAGUACAAGCCUCCAGCUCGAAAGAGGAAAACUAACCAAGAAACAUGAAAAGAAGUAAAGGAGCAGAUUGGGUUUUUCAGUCCUCCAGUCUGCAGUUUUCAGCCUUCUCUUUAGUAUCAGCUGUAUUGCUAGUGCAAUGCUACUGUUGUAAAGCAAACCAAAGUAUUAUCACACCUAGACAUAGGGUAAAACUGCAAUAGUCCUCAGCUGAGAAAUAUUAAGUGCAUUAGAUGAAUAACUUCAUAUUUAUGCAGUGCCUCUUAACAGAAAAAAUAACCAUAGUUAUAAAAGUAGUUUCAAGCACAAACUCUUACAGUAUGAACUUAUUCUCAAAAGCUUGUUGUCAGUUCACUUUCAUGUUAAGUUCUGUGUGCAACAAUUAUGUCAGUUCAGCUGGAUGGACUCUACUCUGAGUGACUGGGUUCACUGAAGUUGUCUUCGCCGAAGAAAUAGUUUACUGUCAAGGAUAGCAGAAUGAUUUCAGACUCCCUUGAAGCCCGGGUUUGUACUUUGCUUUGAUAAGACAUGAGCUAUAUGAAAUGGCAGUAUAAAGUGGAUUUGGUAAGUUCUGUGAACCAAUUUUUUUUUUCAUCUUGGAAAAAAAAAGAGCAAUCCAGUAAGACUGCAGUAACUGUGAUCUAUUACUCUGAUCAUACACCUAUGAUCUCUGUCUUUUUUUAAAGAAGUUAAAAUAAGUACUGAAGUUUUACUCUACUUAUUUGAAACACUUCUAUACUUCUGCAUAAAAAUCACUUGUGCCUCAACUAGUCCUUUUAAUUUUCUUGAUACUGAAAGAAGAGAAACUGAUGCAAUGAUAAGGAGUUUGCCAAUGUAUUCUUCAGUUUCUCAGCUUUGCUGGGGCUUUAUUUACAAGACUGGAGUGUCUUAAAAAAAGGGGUUGAAUUUAUUAGUAUCUUGAAGGAUGAAAAUAUACUGUGUCUGAAUUCUGUCAUGGUAGAUAUUUCUCACCUGCUAUGCGUAAAGUGACUUCACAUAUUUGCAAUAGUAACAUAGAUUCACCUUAAAUAGCACUGCAUUAAGCUGGUAAUACAGAGCUUACCCUUUUAAGUGCUCUAUGUAGCUGAAGCAAUCCAUGAUGUUUCAGAAAAUACAAAUUAAAUAAAUGUCCCCUUCACUUUU